AUGCAACAUCCGCAGUCAUCAGCCCCGGAAUACUAUGAUCUGGGCAGUUUCCAUCGUGAUGUCACCACCUCCAGUAAAGAUGCACAGGUCUGGUUCAAUCGCGGCCUGAUUUGGGCCUACGCCUUCAAUCAUCAGGAGUCGGUUCGGUGCUUCGAACAGGCUGUGGCGUACGACCCGGCCUGCGCAAUGGUAUACUGGGGCCUUGCUUUUGCUCUAGGACCCAACUAUAAUAAACCAUGGAAGCUCUUCGAUGGAGAAGAUCUCUCAAGCACCACGACGCGCGCUCAUCGCGCCGUGGUAGAAGCGAAGAAGCGUGCUGUCACGGCGACGCCUGUAGAGAGUGCUCUCAUCGAUGCUUUGCAAUUCCGCUAUCCACAGGAGCUGCCUGCUGAUGACUGCUCCCAAUGGAACUAUCAAUAUGCCAAGGCAAUGACCUCGGUCUACCAGGCUUUUCCGGAUGACCUGGAUGUUGUCACACUGUAUGCCGAUGCCCUGGUGAACUUGACCCCAUGGAGCUUGUGGGAUCUGGCCACGGGUCAGCCGGCACCAGAGGCACGUACAUUCGAGGUCAAGCAAGCUUUGGACCGUGCCUUAUCUCGAGAAGAUGCUCUCCGGCAUCCUGGUCUCUUGCACCUCUAUAUCCAUCUAAUGGAAAUGUCUGCUACUCCAGAAAUGCCACUCCCGAUAGCAGACCAUCUCCGGGGUCUAGUCCCAGAUGCCGGUCAUCUCGAGCACAUGCCCAGUCAUCUAGAUCUUUUGUGUGGUGACUACCGCCGUGCAGUGGCCGCCAACACGUCUGCAAUUCGCGCGGACGAGAAGUUCCUGGCAAAUCAGAGCCUCGGCCACUUCUACAACAUCUACCGUGCGCAUGACUAUCACUUCCGGCUCUAUGCAGCUAUGCUGGGAGGCCAGUCGAAAAUUGCACUGGACACCGCCACAAGUCUGGUGGAAUUCAUCAGCGAGCCCCUGCUUCGUGUUGAAUCUCCUCCCCUGGCUGACUGGCUCGAGGGUUUCAUCGCCAUGCGUGUGCACGCCCUUGUCCGUUUCGGGCGCUGGGAAGAGAUCCUCGACCUGGAGCUCCCGACUGAUAGCCACCUAUACUGUGUGACUACCGCCAUGGCACUAUACGUUAAAGGGAUCGCGUGGGCAGCCACCGGCCAUGUCACCGAAGCUAAAAAGCAGCGAGAAUUAUUCCGGCAGGCAUUCGAGCGCGUUCCCUCGUCACGUACUAUCUUCAACAAUCACUGCCGGGAUAUCCUCGGUAUAGCGGAAGCCAUGCUUGAGGGAGAGAUCGCAUACCGCUGUGGCGAUUACGACACUGCGUUCACUCACCUCCGCACAGCAGUCGCGCUAGAUGAUUCCCUGCCUUAUGACGAGCCGUGGGGUUGGAUGCAGCCAACUCGACAUGCGCUGGGAGCCUUAUUGCUCGAGCAGGGCCGGGUUGAGGAGGCCAUGGAGGUAUAUGCUGCAGAUCUGGGGAUUGACGAGUCGCUGCCCCGUGCGCUACGGCAUCCAAAUAACGUGUGGGCUUUGCAUGGCUACCACGAGUGUCUGACGAAGCUGGGGCGGACGGCGGAAGUGCGCAUCUUGACGCCACAGUUGCGGUUUGCGCUGGCCAUUGCGGAUGUGCCCAUCCAGUCAUCAUGUUUCUGUCGACGGGGGAGCGGAGAGCCGCCAGCCCGCUCACACUGA